AUGAUCCGAAUUACAAUCCAAAUCCAAAUAUUACAUCUCCUCACCAGCUUAAUGUACAUUUUUUACCGGUUAAUCGAUCUGAGGGAAAUAAUGACACUAAUCCAGCAACGCAAAAUCCUCUUCUUAGUGGAAUAAAUCUUGUAACUCCUUUUCUUGACCUAAAUACUAUUUACGGAAUUAGUGAUCAGGACGCGAUGGAAAGGCUUAGAGACACAUCUAAAAAUAGAGGAAAGUUGAAGACGCAUAUUGUCAAUGGCCAAGAAUUUCCACCAAAAAAUUCUUCGGAUGGUUCAUAUGUUUGGGGUACUUUUGAACGCGCAUAUACUAUAUUUACCUUUGCUAUCCAGACGAUCUGGAUACGCGAACAUAAUCGACUAUGUGAUGAAUUGUAUCAAAAACACGGUAAUUCCUGGACUGAUGAACAAUAUUUUCAGGAAGCUAGACGUUGGACUACUGCUUUCUACCAAAAAGCUAUUGCUGAAGAAUAUAUUGGUGCUAUUCUUGGUCGUCCUUUACCAGCCUAUCAAAACUAUAAUCCAAAUCUUAUACCAGAUGAAUACGGAGAUACUCUUUAUGAUUUAGCUUUAAACGAUAUUAAAAACCUGACGCUUGUGGAACAACUCGGUUUAGAAAGAGUCCUUUGGUCUAUGAUUCUUCAACGCCAAGAAGAAGUUGAUAUUUUUUUGUCAGAUUCAACUAAAAAACUUGUUAAUUUUGACAAUAAUCUUUAUGAUCUAACAGCUUUUGAUAUUAUAAGAAGUAGAGAUCGUG